AUGCGCGGUUCUCUUGUUGUCCUACUUCUUGCCAGCUUUUCCAUCGCCUCGCCAACUCUGGAGAAGCGAGCAAUUACAUGUCUCAAAGUUGGCCAAACAGCCACUGCCUCAUGGACCAAUAGUGCUGGGAAGAAAUGUACUUUCACGGGUGUUGUUGGUAGCAACUACGGUGCCAACCCUUCCGGAUCAGGAGAAUGCGGAGCCGGGUGCAGCGGCACUGCUGUUGGCAACGUCUAUACGCAAGAUUGCUUCUCUCACGAUAUCUGCUCGUACUUCAACUCCGCCUCCGGCGGUGCCAGUGACCCCAAUUGCGGAGCUGCUUUCAAUGCGGCUGUCGAUGAUACUGCUUUAGGUUUUGCGAAUGGUUGCAGCCAGACGAAUCCAAGCAACAGUGUUGCCAAACCCAAUAGUGUUCCAGUUUGCAAUUAG